AUGAGGAGUAAAAUUCGAUAUCAGCUUCUCGACCAGGCGGGUGCUCCGAGAAAUUUCCGAUUAUUAUGGUUGUUUUUAUUUGCUGUGGCUUGUUUUGUUGCCUAUUUCUUACUUUCCUCUCCAUCUACAAACGGGGUUUUCAAUCCACUAAAACCAGAUGCAAGAAAUCCAAUAACCUAUGAGCAAGUGAUGAAAGAUUUGAGAAAUGAAAUUGAUCAGAGAAAUGUGAUAAUCAAUGAAUUACAGCAGGAUUUGGAAAAGAUGGAGCUGAAAAAUGAUUUCAAAAAUCUAUACAGGAGAAGACCGGAAACAGAUCACGUUGACUGUGGAAGGAUUCUAUCCGGAGACAAGGUUUAUUUAGAAUCAGUUUCUGGAAAGAAUCGUAUAAAAAUAGUGGAAAAUGAUCAACUGGAUAUGUCUUGUGCAGCCAUUAUGAAUCGUAUUUUACCACCUGGAUCAAAUUUGAAGCCGUUGAAAAAUGGAGUUGCAUUUGCUAGAAUUGUUUAUGCAGAUUACGAAAUGAUUGAGAAACAAAUUCAAAUGUCCUACCACCCACAAAAUUCAUUUUGUUUCGCAAUCGACAAAAAAGCUCCGCCCCAAUUCCACGAGAGAUUGAGAGUAAUGGCAGCUUGUCUUCCAAAUGUUCUACUACUUCCUGAUGAAGAAUCAGUGGAUUCAGCCGGCCAUAAUAUCAACUCUGCUCACUACAAUUGCAUGCGAGUUCUGAUCAAUAAACCUGGAUGGAACUAUGUGAUUCUUCUCCAGAAUCAUGAUCUCAUCACAAAAUCCGUAUAUGAGUUAGAGCAGGUAUAUGAAUGGCUCGGUGGGGCAAAUGAUGUGGAGAUUACCCCAGAAGCAGGAAGACUCGAUAACAAGUUCAAAUGGGAUCCAAAGUCAUUGAAGAUGUUUAGAAAUGCAACCGGAAUAGACGAAGUGAUCUUGAAUGGGAAAAUGAAGUUUGCCAAAGGAGCCGCCCAGGGAUCUCUAUCGAGGGCUGCUGUUGAUUGGAUGGUACGGACCGCCGAUUUGACAACUUAUAUCGACCAAUGGAACAAAGGAGGAUUCGGAGUAGAUGAGCAAUUUAUCCAGAGUUUCCAAGUUAGCUCAGAUCUUGGUAUGCCUGGUCAUUUCACAGAUGAAUGUUUGAAGCAGGGAAAGAAAGCAGACUUUGUAUCCAGGUUUGUAAUGCCCUACGAGCUUAAAACAAGUUAUGAAACCUCUAGAAUGUCACAAUGGAAAUAUGGAGAUUCGGAUAAAUGUGGAUCGAAGACGGUUCGUCAUGCGAUAUGUCUUUUAGGCAUUGAAGAUUUCCGAACACUAGCUGCAUAUCCUAAUCUUAUGUUUAACAAAAUGAUUCCAUCGUUUGACUAUGCAAUCGUAGAAUGCUCCGCAGAAUUGCUUCAUAAUCGGACGUUUUUGGGUCAAGAAGAUCAUAAGCUAGAAGAGGAUUAUUAUAAAAAUAUGAUUAAUGUUUUGUAUCACAAGAAUCAUCUAGAUCCGAACUUUAAACUAGAAUGCACUCCAUCGUACACGAAGUGGGCAGCUAGAGAUUAUCCAUUAUAA